UAAUUUGGGGGGCGGACAUAGCGGGUCGGCAUAUUGGUCACAUGACAUAUCUACAAUUUAUCACAUGACCUGUAUGAGGAAAUAUCGCAGCUGAAGAGGAGAAAGGUGGAUUGUCUUUGCUUUACAUUUUGAUCGAUAUCCGCCAAAUCGUCGAAAAUGAGUGCUAGUUUGGACAUCAGACUGAAAAGAGCAAAUAAAGUAUAUCAUGAGGGGGAGGUCCUUGCCGGUGUUGUGGCGAUAGUUAGUAAGGAGGCGGUCCAGCACCAGGGCAUCACUCUCACCAUGGAGGGAAUUGUCAACCUACAGCUUAGCUCCAAGAGUGUGGGAGUCUUUGAGGCCUUCUACAACUCUGUUAAGCCCAUUCAACUUAUCACAAGCAACAUUGAAGUGGUAAAGCAAGGCAAGGUGCCUGGAGGCAAGACAGAGAUUCCCUUUGAGUUCCCCCUGCACACAAAGGGCAACAAAGUGCUGUAUGAGACCUACCAUGGCGUUUUCGUCAACAUUCAGUACACCCUCCGUUGUGACAUGAAGCGCUCCUUGUUGGCCAAAGACCUGAGCAAGACCUGUGAAUUCAUGGUGCACUGUCUGCCACAGAAAGCCAAGCUGCAACCCACCCCGGUAGACUUCACCAUCACGCCAGAGACCCUGCAGAAUGUCCGCGAGAGGAGUUUGCUGCCCAAGUUCCUGAUCCGGGGCCACCUGGAUGCCACCAACUGUGUGAUCACUAAGCCCCUGACUGGAGAACUGGUGGUGGAGAGCUCUGAUGUGGCCAUCAAGAGCAUCGAGCUACAGCUGGUCCGCGUAGAGACCUGCGGCUGUGCUGAGGGCUAUGCCAGAGAUGCCACAGAGAUCCAGAACAUCCAGAUAGCAGAGGGAGAUGUCUGCCACAGCCUCCCCAUCCCCAUCUACAUGGUCUUCCCCAGGCUCUUUACCUGCCCUACCCUUGAGACCAUCAACUUUAAAGUCGAGUUUGAGGUGAAUGUGGUGAUUGUCCUCCAUGACGAACAUCUGAUCACUGAGAACUUUCCUCUGAAGCUGUGCCGAGCGUGAGAGCCCAGAGCUCCACUACAAUGGAGGAUGGUCAGAGGAUAGUGCCGUUGACAUGCCUGGACAAGAACGACCUGAAGUGACCAAGGACUCAAAGUCCAAAGAGAGCCAAGCCUACAAGUCCUGGCAGACAGCCAUAUCUGUUUUCUGGGCUUCCCUGCUCUGAAUGACAGUCUAUAAGUGCAUAAUGUUAUAUGGAUGUAUGUCUCCAGUUCAGAAAAAAAAGACUGAAAAAGCAGAGGAUGUUCAAGAUUGUGGGCUACCAUUCAAUAUAAUAGUGCAAAUGUCAAAAUGGAUCAAGUAACAUAAUUGUGUAUCAAUUCAUGAUCUCGUUGAAGCCGCAUUGUUGCAUUUCAGAAGUCUUUUGGGGAGACAUUGCCCAUCAUUAGCAGUAAUAUGGUCAAUUUCUAACUGAAUUUUGGCACUGUCAAAAUGUAGCCCAAAGAACAUUCUAAAUGGAGGCAUUUCAAACUAACAAGGUAUUCAAAAUCAACCAUGUUAUUAAAUGCUAUUUAACAUUCCA